AUGGGUUCAAACGAAAGAUUAUUGAUUGGAUACACAUACGAUCGAAAGGCCGAUUGGAUGGCAUCAGGAUUUGACGCAGAGGAUUGCGUAGACUUCUAUAAUGACGAAACCAUCGAUGCGAUCGCAGAGGCGCUAACAGCGCUGGGCUAUCGCGUCGACCGUGUUGGCAAUGCUCGCGCCCUAAUCAGUCGUCUGGCCUCAUACGACAGGGAAGACAGUUUUCACUGCCCAUGGGAUAUCGUCUUCAACAUCUGCGCAGGUCGCAGUGGUAUCGCUGGUCGGGAAGGGCACGUUCCAUCCAUUUUAGAGUGUUACAACAUUCCAUUCGUCCUGAGCGACUCAUCCACAUUCUCACUGUGUCUAGACAAGGCUAAAACCAAAAUGGUGUUGGAAUUUUCGGGAAUUGCGACUGCUCCAUUUGCAGUGGUUCACCCUGGACAAACCGCCGAGGAUGCCAUACAAAAAUCCCCACAUCGACCUCUGUUGUACCGACAGCUUCCCUUGUUUGUCAAACCAUGUACAGAGUCGACCGGCAAAGGAAUCUGGAAGAUGUCUAAAAUCACCAAUUGGAGCCAAUUGAACCAAGUUGUUCAAUCACUGCAGUACAAAUUUCCUGGUCAUGAUAUGUUGAUCGAGAAGUUCUUGAACGGCCGCGAGUUCACGGUGGGCAUCGUUGGGACAGGCGAGAAUGCGCGUGUUAUUUUCGCCAUGGAAAUCAAGUAUCGUUUACACGAAACCAAGGCCGACCAUGACGCGGCGCAGCCAAUCGCAUCUGAAGAUGAUGCUGAUUUCUAUUCAUUUGCAAUCAAAAGUUGCGUCCACUGGAAUGAAAUCGUCGAUCUAUGCAAUGGCUCUGAUCAAUUGGCCACGCGUGCUGGAGAGCUGGCCUUACGAGCAUACCGGUGCAUGGGGUGUCGUGAUGUAGGCAGGAUCGAUGUGCGCUGCGACGUCCUUGAUCCCGACCUGGCGCAGCCACAUAUCAUGGAGUUGAAUCCACUCCCGGGUAUCCAGCCUGGCUAUUCAGAUCUGGUGAAGGGGGCCGAGUUUGUUGGCAUAUCCUAUGAGGCACUUGUUGGACAGAUUAUGGAUAGUGCAUUGAAUCGAUUGAAUUUAGUACGUAACAUGUAA